UGGUCUCGUCUAUUAUGCAAGGAGCCUGUCGUCCCAAGCGUCAUUUCGCCAGUUUAACCCUGGCGGCCCGAAGGAGACAAGGUCUCGUGCAUGUUGCCCAAUUGGUGGGUAACGAAAGGAGACUGUGAAAUGAGACACCUGAAUUGGGAAAGAAAGAAGAAAGUUACUUUGACACAAUGUUUUUGACACAGUUUCUUUCUAGGCAUGCCUUUUUACAGAAAUCUUUAACAGGGAGCAGCUUUAGAGGCGUAAUUUCAACAUUUCCUAAAUCUUGUUGGAGUGAUUGUUUAAGAAGGGUGUCUACUCAGUGUGGCAAAUGCUGUUCUUCUAAAAUAGUUCUGGGAAUAGAAACUAGCUGCGAUGAUACAGGAGCUGCUGUGGUGGAUGAAACUGGCAACAUUUUAGGAGAAGCUCUGCAUUCUCAAAGUGAGGUUCAUUUAAAAACUGGUGGAAUUAUUCCUGUGGUCGCACGACAGCUUCACCAAGAAAACAUCGCGAGGAUAGUAGAACAAGCCCUAUCUGUCAGUGGCGUUUGUGCAGAAGAGCUCUCAGCUAUUGCAACAACUGUAAAGCCAGGACUUGCUUUAAGCCUUGGAGUUGGGUUGGACUAUAGUUUAGAACUGGUGGAGAAAUACAAGAAGCCUUUCAUUCCCAUCCAUCACAUGGAAGCACACGCACUUACUGUUAGGUUGACUAAUCAUGUGGACUUCCCAUUCCUAGUACUUUUGCUCUCUGGGGGUCACUGUAUACUAGCAGUAGCACAAGGAGUUUCAGAUUUUCUUCUCCUUGGACAGACAUUGGACAUUGCACCAGGGGACAUGCUGGAUAAGGUAGCCAGAAGACUUUCUUUACAAAAGCAUCCAGGUUACUCUGGCCUAAGUGGUGGGAAAGGAAUAGAACACUUGGCCCAACAGGGGAAUAUGCAACAUUAUGAAUUCAGAGUUCCCAUGGAACAGCAUUAUAAUUGCAACUUCUCUUUUGCUGGACUUCAGAGCGAGGUCACUAGAAUGAUCACACAAAAAGAAAAGGCAGAAGGCCUACAGGAAGGGCAAUUCCUGCCCUGCAUCGCAGACCUGGCUGCAGCAGUCCAGUAUGCAGUAACUGCUCACAUUGUAACUCGAACACACCGGGCCAUUCUUUUCUGCAGAAGGAAGGGUAUAUUACCGCAAAACAAAGCAACAUUGGUGGCUUCAGGAGGUGUUGCAAGUAACCAGUAUAUCCGCAAAGCUCUGCAGAUUGUAACAGAUGCCACUGAUUUCACUUUGCUAUGCCCACCUCCCAGGCUGUGCACUGACAAUGGUGUUAUGAUUGCAUGGAAUGGCAUUGAAAGACUUUGUGCAGGAUUGGGUGUUUUAUAUACCACAGAAGGCAUAAGAUAUGAACCAAAAGCUCCACUUGGGACUGAUAUUUCAGAUCAAGUCCAAAAAGCUUCCAUCAAAGUGCCAGCGCUAAAUCUGAUGUGAAAAGUGAAUGCUGUCAGCAACCAUUUUGAUGAGGACUCCAUGCCAGUUGCCUCAGCCUCAUGCCAUCUCUAAUACAGUGUGUCAUUUUCCUUAGGAUAUCAAAAUGAAAAAUAAAGUGAAAACAGCACAA